ACCGGCCCUGAUCGAGGCUGCGUCAGUCUCCAAGAUCGGGCUCGAAGCCAACAGCGCUGACGAUGGCAAAGGGAUCAAAAUCACUCAACCCGACGGACCUCUACCGCAAGCUUCAGAAGAAGAAGGAGCUCAAAAAGAACAAGGAAGACAGGAAGCGAGGACGAUUGGUUUCGGCCGCGCAGAAGGACAGCAGCAAACUCCAGGAAGAACUUGGCUCGCUCCUCCAGCAAGAUCGCGAUGGCACUCUGGACAAGUCCCUGACCGCUCGAAAGAAGGAGCUUGAAGAAGAGUUCGAAGCCAUCCAGACGGCACGAGAGAAACUCGGGCUCGCUCGCCAGACGGUCAAAGUUCCCGAAGCACCGGCAAAGCCCCCUCCCAGGGACCCAACAAAGUCGAUAUACUACCAUCCGACUCUGAACCCGUUUGGAACACCACCUCCUGGAAAGCCAUAUAUCGAGCGUACCGAUGGCGGUGUAGUUCAAGUCACAACCCUUCAAGAACCCGAGUCUGAGCCCGAGCAACAAACAGAAUCGGCACCAGAACCUGUUGUCGAGGAGACAAAGCCACAGCCGCCACCCAUCACCUUCGAGGACUUGGAUAUCCCUCUCCCCCCAGGACCUGCUCCCGAUGUUGAAGCGCAUGUGUUCAAUACCCUGGAUCUGCCCGAGAUUCGAAACAAGGCCGACUACAUGCCGUCUGCCUCCAAGCCAGCGCAGGCUGCAGCUGGUCCGAGUCAGAUUCGACCAAUGGCGCCCGGCCCCAUCCGCCCAUUGCCUGCACCAUCGUUUCCGAGGCCGAUGCAGCCCAUGUAUCACCCUGGCAUGCCACAGUGGAAUCCACCGUACAUGGGAAUGCCCGGAAUGGUUGCUGCUCCCUAUAUGGGCGGCCCUCCAGGGAUGCUGCCAUACCCUCCAGCGUUCAAUGCAUAUCCACCGAGACCAUAUCCUCUGCCCCUCAACGUCCCGGGCUCUUCCCGACGACCUCCUUCACAGGGUCCCAUUCGCCCAAUGAAGGAAGUCACUAUCAGUGCACAAACAUUGGCUCAGCGACCUCCACAACUGCCGCCGACACCACGGCCAGCUCCGGCCCCUGGCACCGUUAUCUCGGCCGCACCACAAGUACGAGACUUUCAAAAGGAGCUCACAUCGCUCGUCCCACCGUCUCUUCUGCGCAAAUCAAAGACCAGCGCUGCACUCAAGCCAAGCGCCAGUCUCCCGGCAAUGGGCAAGCCGCAAGUGAAUGCUGCACCCGACCUCGACGAGGAGCGCGGACCCGAGGUCAAGCGACCGCAAUCUCUGGUCGACGCACUUAGCGGAUCCCUCCAAUCGAUUCGCAAGGUCAGAGAGUCCUCCAAGCCCGACGAUUAUGAUGCCUUCAUGAAGGAUAUGGAGGGUCUGCUGUGAGGAUUUGGUGCUGACUCACUUUCGCGAAGGCGAACCGGCCAAAUAUAGCUACUUGCCCAGUG